GUGUCAUUUGUGUUAGAGGGACCGUUUGAGUUGUUACACAGACCUGUCAGUGCCAAAUGUUAGCCUGCAGUACCAGUUCAUUGUUAAAGACACAAGUCAGCAGGGUAUCGUUUGUUCCGCAUUUAUCGUCGAAACGAUAUUCUGAAUGGAAUGACAGAUUCGAGCAAACGUGAAUCGAGUGGUUUUACAGGUAGGAAACAGGUUGAGCUGGUAGAGUCUCACGCAGCGGAUGAUUUAAACCAGAAAACAUGGCGAGGUUCAUGAGUAGACUGUGGUGUAAGUUGGAGUCUUCGGGUCGUCAUGUGCCUAUCAUUUUGAACGCUGUGCUGGUGUUUUCCAUCACGGCCGAGGUCAGUUACCUGGUGCUGGUCGAGGCUCCCCUUGAGCCAGAACAGAAGAAGACUGAGUGGUCCACCAUGUGGAAGGCCAUGCAUCUCUUCGCUCAGUACUUCAUGUUGGGAAAUAUAACCUGGAAUGCAUCGUUGUUUGUCAGAACUAACCCAAGUAUUCGAGGAGUGUUUCUUGGAGGGGAUACACUUGGUCAAGGGUGGAGGUACUGCUACAACUGUGAGACACACACUCCUCCACGCUGCUCGCACUGCUACGAUUGCAACGUGUGUGUGCUGCGGCGUGAUCACCACUGUGUGUUUUUUGGCCAGUGCGUUGGUUUCCACAAUUACCGGUAUUUCCUGACCUGUCUGCUCUUCAUGUGGGCAGGGCUGCUCUAUGCAGUAGUCAUGAAUGCUGAGGUCUUCAUUGUCAUCCUGAAGGAGGGUGUAACAUUUCACAGCGUCAUGCUUUUGCUCGUGCCCUGGAUAAUGCUCGUUUCUGGACAGGUAACGGCACGAGCGUUUGCCUUUGCAUUCAUUGCCGACACUUGUGUAGUGGGCUUCCUAUUGGUUGCUGCCUUCCUCUUCUUUCAUGUAAUUCUGAUGCUGAGGGGACAGACCACACGUGAGUGGUACUCCACCCGGCGGCCUUACAACCUGGGAACGCUGGCUAACAUCAGAGAAUGCUUGGGCAAGUACUGGUACAUCUGCUGGCUCUGUCCACUGAUACCCUCCCCGCUGCCUGGAGACGGCAUAAACUUCAAGGUGACUGGUUCACUAGAGCCUGUGAAGCAGCGUGUGCAUUGAUAAGUAUUUUUUCAUUGCAUUUUCAAUACACUGACCCAGCUGAUGCAAAAUGGCAUGUUGUUGAGCCUGGAGCAGCAGUUGCAUGCUGUAAUUACACCAAACAAUUAGCAGCUCUUACCAGCUCUUUUUUAUCUAAAGAACCAGCAAGAAAUGUUACUAAUUUCACUUUACAAUUGUUUUUGCUCACCACAGCAGUCUUAAAGAUUUUAAUUGGUGUUCAUUUGGUGUAUGUAAAGUACAGAAUUUUAAUAUUUUAUUAUGCAUUUUUUCCUUCCUUGUUCUACUGUGCAAUCUUUGCUUUCGUAAAGCAAAAAUGUAUUGGAAGGGGAAGUAUAUUUUUCCUAAUGAUUUGUUUUACUCUCCAAUUGCUAUUGUUUUUUGAAAGUCAUUGAUGUGCCAAAUAAUCUGUUCAAACAAAUGUGAAUGUGCUGUAUGCCAAGCUGUCAUUUUUUUGUCCCGAGUUAUUAAAAAACACGUUAUUUUCUUGUAUGGCACUGAAUAUUGUUUACCUGAAGUCUUAUGUUUAUAUUUGUAAUUUUGAAUUGGUACCAAUGCUUAUGUUAUCUUUCUUUAAAAUAAAUGCCAUUUGGUUUUA